CAUGACGCGAACACCAACAUGACAUGUUAGGAAAUGAGAAUUCCUAUCAAUUCAGAAAACAUAUAACACAAUUUUAUUAAAAAUUAUUGCCAAAAAAAUUUACCGAGCCAAAUUUCAAUCAACAUGCCAUAAUGCAUCGUGAUAUGUUCGAAAUAUUUGGAGGUUCAUUUGGUAGUCCUAGUUACAUAAGGCAUGCCUUCUGAAGAUUCUGUACCUGUUAAGCAGAAGGUAAGUGUGAUUAAUUCUAGUAAGACAAACAGUAAUGUUUAUGAGUACUAAGUUCUUUGCUAAUGCGGUCAAGAUGUCUAUUUUUCAGGUACAGAAAAUUACCGAACAAAUGGCAAAGUCUUCGGUGAAGCAGAAUGAGAUAAAGUACAACUUAAAAGUCCCCAAGGGUACAAGAGAUCGUGACCCGGUUCAAAUGACUGUUCUUGAAGGUGUAUUCAAUACAAUAAUACAGUGUUUCAAGCGUCAUGAUGCAGUAACAAUCGAAACGCCUGUUUUUGAGCUCAAGGAAGUUUUGACGGGGAAAUACGGCGAAGACUCCAAGUUGAUAUAUGACCUCCAAGAUCAGGGUGGCGAAACACUUUCUUUGAGAUAUGACCUUACUGUCCCGUUUGCUCGUUAUGUUGCUAUGCAUAAAAUAAAAUCUAUCAAGCGUUAUCAAAUUGGGAAAGUUUAUCGUCGGGACCAACCAGCGAUGACUCGAGGUCGUUAUCGAGAAUUUUACCAGUGUGAUUUCGAUAUUGCUGGGGAUUACGGACCAAUGCUGGCCGAUGUCGAAUGUCUCCGAAUCAUAUAUGAGGUCCUUUCCGAACUAGCAUUAGGUGACUUUGUUAUCAAGGUCAACCAUAGGCGUCUGCUUGAUGGUUUAUUUGCAGCUUGUGGUGUAUCUGCUGACAAGUUUGUAACAACUUGUUCUUCAGUCGACAAAUUAGACAAGGUUCCUUGGGAAGAUGUCAAGCGAGAAUUAUGUGAAGAUAAAGGCAUAUCUGUCCAGACAGCUGACAAAAUCGGUUCCUACGUUCAGUUAUCUGGGGGUAUAGAUCUAGUUGAACGGCUUGAAUCUGAUGAAAAUCUCAGCAACCAACCUUCUGCAAAAGCUGCUUUGCAAGAUAUGAGACUGCUGUUGGGCUACUGCGAAGCCUUGGGUAUUAAAGAUAGAAUAGCUUUCGACCUAAGUCUUGCACGUGGUUUGGACUACUAUACAGGUGUUAUAUAUGAAGCUGUUCUAAAAGGUUUCACGUACAAUCCAAACUGUCCAAAUUCAGGUUCCGGUGAGGCUGAGACGACAUCUGCAUGUAAUGAACCGAUAGCUGUUGGUAGUGUUGCUGGUGGCGGUAGAUAUGAUGGUCUGGUUGGAAUGUUCGACUCAUCGGGAACACGAGUGCCAUGUGUUGGUUUUAGUUUCGGUGUUGAGCGUUUAUUGGCAAUCAAGGAAGCACUGGCUACUUCGGAUAAGAACAAAUCCAUUGUGCGAUCGACUGAAACUGAUGUAAUGGUCGCUGGUGCUCACAAAGGUCUUAUUAUGCAACGUUUGCAAUGUUGUCGGCUGUUGUGGGAUGCGAAAAUAAAGACUACUAUGUCGCAUAAAAAUCAUCCCAAACUCCUAGAUCAAUUGCAGUAUUGUGAGACAACCGGUAUUCCUUUAGCUGUGGUAUUGGGUGAAGGCGAAUUAAAUCGUGGCGUUGUGAAGAUUAGAGAUGUUCAAACCCGGGAGGAACUUGAAGUUCCGUAUACAGAGCUUGUGAAUAAAAUCAAGGAAAUUUUAUCUUCGAAGAAGCAAAAAUAAAAUUUCUUUCCAUUUAAUGAACAUUGUGAUACGAGAAUAAUCAUGCAUUUUGUUGUAUGUCUUGUCAGCUGUAAAAUUUGUUUAUCAUUUUAUGUGCUGUUUGGUAAUAAUAAUAGUGGACUCAGGACUUUGUACUUGUUAUUCGUUUUUCUUUUCAACUGAUUAUAGUGCUGUCCUACCCAUGUAUUCCUGGGUAACCCAGCACCAAAUCAUUUCUGAGGUAUCAUUACUGUAAUCUUCUUUCCCAUUGUUCAUUAGAUACUAUAAACUAUCCAUAAUUGAA